AACACCAUCGGCUUUGCUCGACCAAACCACCAACCAUCCGCGCACCACCAACACUUCCACACGCCCACACCGUCAAGAGACACCCGCACAUCACUCACAUCCGCAUACCACCAUCGCCAUGCGUGAAGUCAUCUCCUUGAACGUCGGCCAGGCCGGUUGCCAGAUCGCCAACUCCUGCUGGGAGCUGUACUGCCUCGAGCACGGCAUUCAGCCCGAUGGUUACCUCACUGAGGAGCGCAAGGCCGCCGAGGACGACCACGGCUUUUCCACCUUCUUCUCAGAGACCGGCAACGGAAAGUACGUGCCGCGCACCAUCUACGCCGAUCUCGAGCCAAACGUCGUCGAUGAAGUCCGCACCGGCACCUACCGCAGCCUUUUCCACCCGGAAUUGAUGAUCACUGGCAAGGAGGAUGCGUCCAACAAUUACGCUCGCGGACACUACACUGUCGGCAAGGAGCUCAUCGAUCAGGUGUUGGACAAGGUCCGCCACGUCGCCGACAACUGCUCGGGUCUCCAGGGUUUCCUCGUCUUCCACUCCUUCGGUGGUGGCACUGGUUCCGGUUUCGGUGCCCUCCUGAUGGAGCGUCUUUCCGUCGACUACGGCAAGAAGUGCAAGCUUGAGUUCUGCGUGUACCCAGCACCUCAGGUCGCCACCUCGGUCGUUGAGCCGUACAACUCCAUCCUCACCACGCACACCACCCUCGAGCACAGCGACUGCUCCUUCAUGGUCGACAACGAGGCCAUCUACGACAUUUGCCGCCGCAACCUUGGCAUCGAGCGUCCCAACUACGAGAACCUCAACCGCCUGAUCGCUCAGGUCGUCUCCUCCAUCACCGCCUCUCUCCGCUUCGACGGCUCCCUCAACGUCGAUCUCAACGAGUUCCAGACCAACUUGGUCCCGUACCCUCGUAUCCACUUCCCGCUUGUCGCCUACGCCCCGAUCGUGUCCGCUGCCAAGGCCGCCCACGAGGCCAACAGCGUGCAGGAAAUCAGCAUGUCCUGCUUCGAGCCAAACAGCCAGAUGGUCAAGUGCGAUCCUCGCAAUGGAAAGUACAUGGCCACUUGCCUGCUCUACCGCGGAGACGUCGUCCCCAAAGAUGUUCACCAGGCUGUUGCCACCCUCAAGACCAAGCGCACCAUCCAGUUCGUCGACUGGUGCCCAACUGGCUUCAAGAUUGGUAUCUGCUACCAGCCACCACAGAACGUGCCCAACGGCGAUCUUGCCAAGGUCAACCGCGCCGUGUGCAUGCUCUCCAACACCACCGCCAUCGCCGAGGCCUGGUCCGCUCUUUCCCACAAAUUCGAUCUCAUGUACAGCAAGCGUGCGUUCGUCCACUGGUACGUCGGCGAGGGCAUGGAGGAGGGCGAAUUCUCGGAGGCUCGCGAGGACUUGGCUGCGCUUGAGCGCGACUACGAAGAGGUCGCUGCCGACUCCGCCGAGGGUGAUGAGGGCGGCGAGGCUGAGUACUAGGCGACGACGGACGAGGACAGGAUCUUGUGGGCAGCCUGAGUGCAGAAUAGCAAGUGUCCAUUGGUCUGGCGCAGUCGAUGAACCGAGCAUCUUUGGACGAGAGCCCGAACCACGCGCGCAAAAGCGUCGGACACCUGAGGGUAUAUGCUAGUUGAUCAGGAAGUGUUGUUUGUUUAUGAUCU